GGCGGAGGUUGCGGGGAGGAGCGGCCAGGAGGCAGAGACCCACCGAGCGACGGACUCGGAGCCCGGGAGGCGGGGCCCGCCGCGCACGGCCCCACGCCCAGGCCCGCGGGCACCGCGCCCGCCCCCACACGCGCUGGCACCAGCGGACAGUAAUGAGGGGAGAAUCAUACUUCAUCGGAAUGAGGAGCCUGGGGCAGCCGGGGCACAUGCCGGAAGAUGGAGGACUUUUCCUACUUUGCUGCAUAGACAGAGAUUGGGCGGUCACCCAGUGCUUCGCAGAAGAAGCUUUUCAAGCAAUCACCGACUUCAACGACCUGCCCAACUCUCUGUUUGCCUGCAACGUUCACCAGUCAGUGUUUGAAGGAGAAGAGAGCAAGGAAAAAUUUGAGGGGCUGUUCCGGAUGUAUGAUGACUGUGUGACAUUCCAGCUAUUUAAGAGUUUCAGACGUGUCCGAAUAAACUUCAGCAAUCCUAAAUCUGCAGCCCGAGCCAGGAUAGAGCUUCAUGAAACCCAGUUCAGAGGGAAAAAAUUAAAACUCUACUUUGCACAGGUCCAGACUCCAGAGACAGAUGGAGACAAACUGCAUUUGGCUCCCCCACAGCCUGCCAAACAGUUCCUCAUCUCACCUCCCUCCUCUCCUCCUGUCGGCUGGCAGCCCAUCAGUGACGCCACGCCAGUCCUCAACUACGACCUCCUCUGUGCUGUGGCCAAACUAGGACCAGGAGAGAAGUAUGAGCUCCAUGCAGGGACUGAGUCCACCCCAAGUGUCGUUGUGCACGUGUGUGACAGUGACAUAGAGGAAGAAGAGGAUCCAAAGACUUCCCCAAAGCCAAAAAUCAUCCAAACCCGGCGUCCUGGCCUGCCACCUUCUGUGUCCAACUGAGCCUUCUGCUCUGCCUCGAUAAUAUCUGUCUCCUCUUUAUCAUGCUUUUUUUUUUUUUCCUGUUGUUUGUCAAAAAGAAUAAUUGCCUUUAAAUCCCUGGGUGUUUGGCUGUUUGAGAUUCCUUCCAUGUAAUCAAGCCUCUUGGACAAAAGGGCUAGGAAAAGGUGAUAUGUCUCCUGAUCAUAUCAUACCCAUUAAGUAUAACCCAUUAUUUAGAAGGUUCUAGGAAAAAAAGUAGUAUUUUCUUAUUAAACAAUCAGCACAGACUAUAUCAUUGUUCUCUCAUGUUGAUCCAAGCCAGAGACAUCAGUAACAAAUAGCACUUGUGUUGUUUGCAAGCUGUUUCAGUCCCAGUCCUGACGUGUGCGCUUUGUUUAUUCCUGGCCACUGAAAUAGGACCAUAUGUAAACUUGACUUUGACUGCAUGAGAUAUCCCUAUCUGGUCUCACUCAGUCCUCUGCAUCCCGACAUUCCCAGGACAUGCAUGAUCACCAGCAUUUAUUUUCAUGAUUUGAGGAUAUACUGUAACUCACAGAUUGUCAGCAUCCAGCCAUGUCCUAUCUAGAUUAGGAAAAUUAUCAACAUCAUUCAGGCAAACAAGUCUAGGUAUAAUCACUAUUUUGAGUCAAUACUACAUAGCUCUGUUGAAAUUCCUGGAGGCAAAAAUGAGCUUGGCCCCAAAGAUAUUCCUCAAUAGAUUUUGAACACCACUUCCAUGUAGAACUUUCCCAGCCUCAUUGAGGAGGCUUGUCCAGGGUGAUAGAGACCGAUUUCAGACAAACCUAUUUAUUACAAAAGUUUCAUGGUGUCUGAAUGAUUGUUUUUUCUCUUUGUAUAUUUGUACAAAUGUUUCAGCUGUGCUUUUAAAAUAUGGAUGUUUUUUAUUUAGUGAUUGUUCAGCCAUUAGCUGCUUAAAAACAUAUGUACAUUGCUUAUGAAAGUAUUCAUAUACUAAUACAGAUAGUCUGAUAAUAUUACACUAUAUUAUGUAUGGAUAAUGCUGAAUUUUAAAAGGGCACAAACGUUCAUGCCAAUAUAUAAAUGAUUAGCCAACGUCUUUGCUAUCAAGACCACUUGUUUUUAAAUAAAGAUGCAAGUGUCAGUUAUAGAUGAUUUGGAGGAAGUUAAAUCUCCCGAAUGUAGCAGCAGCUGAGCAUAUUAAAAUAGGAAAGGAUGGUAGACAAAUGUAUGCCAGUCCUACUCAUGCAGUGCCCAUAUGCUCAAAAAAGUUAUUUGUUUUCAUUACAUGUGAUUUUUCUAUUUCUCAGACCCAAGUGCAUUACAUAAGAUACACCUAUAGAACCAUUACCUUCUGCUGGAUGUGCCAGGCCUCAUCUACUCCUGUACAUUAAUGAAUUACUUUACAUGCAAAUACAAAUUAUGAGGGAGUGCGGAAGUACUUUCCUUCCCCAAACCUCAGAAAAACACGUAAGAACAAUAACACAGCCAACUGAUUGAAGGAUUGUUGUGGUUGUUGACUAAGGUGUAUGUUAGUUUCAUUAGAAACUUAAAACAUAAACUGAUCACUCAGAAAUUAAAGUCCGUUCUACUGUGAAUAUAGCAAUAUAGUACUGGACACAGUACAGAUGAGACUGAGGAGAGCAUUGCUUAUAAAAUCCUGCAUUUCCAUAAGAAAAAUGAAGACUCCUUUUUAAAAUAAAAUCUGAGGAGUGUACAAUGAGCAAAUGCUUUGACUUUCCUUUACGGUGGAGGUUUUUGGUUUUUCAUGACAGUGAGACUACAGACUUAAUAAUGGAGAGAUGAUGCCCUCUAGUGGAAGAAAUGUUGUGCUCAGCUCUUCAGAUGAACAGAGCACUGCAGUGCUCAGCUACUUGCUGGGUCAUUUGACUUUUUAAGCUACCCUGAAGUUGCAGAAUACAGGUUCUGAAGAAAUCUAGAUGAGAGAAAAUUUUGGCAAUGAUUUUUAAGUGUUUGAAAAUACACACAUCAAAUAAUUCCAACUACAUUUAGUAAAAGUUGAAAUAACCAUUCUGUGUAGUCAUAAAAUAAAAACUCAGCAGAGUCUUAGCAAAAUUUAUUGCAAAGUGUCAGUAUUAACCUAUCUCAGAUCAAGUAUUGUUUCACUAGAAUGGGUUUUGGUAAAGGAGGAAGAGGAGCUUUUCUAAGGAAAGUGGUAAGAAACGGGAAGGAUUCCUUCAACUGUGUCAGUGGAACCUCCUAGCACCGUGAAAGUCAGAAUUGCCUCAGCAUUUCCAUGACGCACAUUAUGCAAACCUCUUUAGCACUAUCUUAAGUUUGAAAAGUUUAAAAAUGGAGGGGGAGGGGAAGGGGAAGAUUUCCACCAACUGAACCAUUUGUGCACGUGUAUAGCUCAAAGAGCUUAGACUUCAAAUAUAUCUGGUGAAUGAC